AUGUUUGAAAAUAUAGCUAUAAGCGUUCAUCGGAAACGUCUGCGAGCGAAUCGGAAAUCAUCCCAAGUUAUCUCGAAACACAAGGAGCUUAAAGUAUUGGAGAGGAUAUAUAAAAGUGCCACGAAACUACAGCAGAGAAAACUAAGACAACCACGAAUUAGGAAAGCUGUAGAGAAAUUAAUACAUGAAGAAAUAGCUAUCAAAGGAAAUGUACCAGUCGAUGAUUAUGAAGAAUGGCAUGAACCACGAUUGCUGCGACGACCUGCAGAAGAAUAUAAAAAAGAAACUAGAGGAAGAAAGAAAGUACUGGAUACAACAAAUUUGGACUACAAAGUGGUACAGUUCCUUCUGAAGCAACGAUUAGGACGAGGAUCUGUUGAUUUUGAACCUGAUUUUAGUGUCUAUGGAGAAAAAGAACAAGAUGAUCGAAUUGAAUAUGAAGAUAAAAACGAAAGUGAAGGUGAAAACGAUGAAAAUAGUUAUAAUUCAAACGGCUUUGACGAUAGAGAUUCUAACAACCACAAUAAUGAACAAUUAGAAAAUGAUGACGAUGAUGACGAUAUCGACGACGACCUUGAUGAACAUGAUGAAGCUUAUGAGGAAUAUGAUAUUGUUGCUUCUCAUAAACUAGACCAGUUCACAAACGCAGUGGAUGGUCGUGGUGGGGAAGCUCGUAAAAACUUUUUAAUCGAGUCUCAAGGCUUGGAAAUUAUCCCCUCACCAAGUGAAAUCAAAUCGGAAGUCACUAAACAUAUUACCAACUUGAAUACGCUUUUGCAUUUAAAUAUUCUACGACGCAAUUGGAAAAUGGCAUACAAGAUAUUCUGCAUCCUUGUUAGAUUUCCACAAGUUGAUGUGCGACAAAUUUGGCCAUUAGGGGUGGAGGUUUUAAUACAACUAUCAAAGGUAGAGGAAAGCCAACAUAAACAACACAAAGUUGGCACAACAUUUGACAAGAAAGCCCGCAAAUUCUUUGAGUACAUGAAUAAUUUCUAUUCUGUUGCCAAACAAGGCUCAGCUAGCUAUAACAACACAGAUAGACCAGACCUUGCUCCUGUUUAUAGAGGAGGUACGAUUAAAGUAACACCGUUAUAUCUAAUCUGUUCAUUGUGGCACUUAUUUGUAAGAAGAGAGUAUGAACAUGUCCAGCGAGAAAUCCAAGAUUUGAUCUUAGUGCCACCAUAUAGCUCGGAAGGUGUUUUGUAUUACAUUCUAGCACUUUGCAGGGUAUGUCAAUGUGAAGAAAUCGUUACUCAUUUUGCGAUGCAAUCAGAUUUUGCAAAAUUCAUAGAAUUAGAGGCAAGUUAUCGGACUUAUAGUGAUUGCAAGCAGUUACUUGAGCUGAAAAACGAAAUGAUUAUGAAAGAUUUGGAGAAUUGUCAAAAAUACAACUUUCUCGUUCCUCGCAAGGAGAUAAAAGAGCAAUUGAGCGAAAUCAGAGAAAAGUUGGAAAUAAUAUAUAACGAACAAAAUGCAGAAAAAAGUGACUAUAACCACGCAUCUGGGUUGAGCGAAGACAUAGAGGGGCAAGGAGAAAAAGAGGAAGAAAUAGGAGGAGGAGAAGAAGAAGGAGAAGAAGCAGGAGCGGCGCAAGCGGAUUGGAGCGUUGUGCUUGACGAUGAUGAUGAUGAUGAUGAUGAUGAGUCUCAAAAUAAAAAAGUUCAAAAUGAAGUUACCAAUGAUGAUUAUCUGCAUAGUGAUCUGGAAUUUAAUAACUGGGACGUUGUAAAUGAUAAAUACGAGCGAGCAAGUAUACGAAAUGUUGAUGGCAUGAACAAUGGUCAUGAAUUUCAAACAUGGAAAGACCCAGCAGCAACAAAUGGCAGACUUUCUCAAGCGCCAUUGCUGACCUCAACUCAAAUCCAAAACCAUGUUGGAGGUGCACUUCAGCAAGAUGACACUAGAGUCAUCAAUAAUGAUAUUAUUCCCACGCAAAUUGACAAGGAUGAGUUUGACAAUCAAGAUUCAGACGACGCUAACUAUUUGACUAAUUCAUUAGUAAAUAAUAAUUCCGCUCAAUUUUCAACCACUGUCCCAAUAGUCAACGGAGGAAUGGAAGCCGAUAUUGCAUCUGACAAUGAGUGGAACGAAAUAGAAUCAGACUUGGAUGAGUUUGAUAAUAAUCGUGACAAGGGUAGUGAUCAGAAUUAUGAUGAGGAUAGUGAACAUCAUCAUGAUGAUCUUGAUGAUUACCAACAGUCGAUGAAGCAGGUAGAUAAUUCGAUAAUGGAGGAAGAUCUAGUUGGUGACGAUGUUAAUGACUUUGAUUUUAAUGACGAAUGGGCCCAAAUCGAAGAUACUGAGGUUGCGCUGGAUUAA